AUGAACUUUAAAACCAGACCGUUGACCACGGUGGACAUCACGGGCCCUGGGUUCUGGGGAACCCCCAGCACAGACACCUCGUGUUCCUCCUUGAACAUCUCCUGUUUGGGGAGCAGGUGGGUCUCAGGCGAAGAAGGUGGAUGCUUCCCGAGGCAGAGACCUGAGCUGUCCACCAUGGUCAACAUCCAGACUGACACAGUGGUGCCCGACCACAUCGUCUGGUCCCUGUUCAACACCCUCUUCUUCAACACAUGCUGCCUGGGCUUCGUGGCCUUCGCCUACUCCGUGAAGUCUAGGGUCCGGAAGAUGGUGGGAGACGUGAUUGGGGCCCAGAGCUAUGCGUCCACCGCCAAGUGCCUGAACAUCUGGGCCGUGGUCCUGGGCAUCAUUAUGACCAUCGGACUCAUUGUUCUCCUGGUCCUUGUGCUCCCGGGAGUCAUUCAGACCGUGAUGCAUAACAGAGGUUUCUAG